AUGAACAACGCCAAGGUCGACUUUCUCAGGACCGUGGCGGCUGAAAAUUCCCUUCAGGGCCAAAACCUGAGCCUGAAACGCUCGACUUGGAAAAAGCCCCACAGACGGCACAAAGCUACGCGCCAGCUGUUGACCGACGAAUGGAAAAGACUCACGAAAAACCCGAACGAGAAGACUUUGCUGACGUAUUUCAACGUCGAGGCUCCACCCAGCGUGUAUCCUGCCAAGAAAUACUGCGAUAUCACGGGUCUCAAAGCCAACUACAAAUCGCCUGGAAACGGCCUACGUUUCUGUAACAGUGAAGUUUACAGUCUUGUUAUCAAGCCUAUGGCUCCGGGCAUCGACCAGGAGUAUCUCAAGCUCAGAGGCGACAACGUCGUUCUCAAAUGA